ACAGGAUUCAGUGCGACACUAAUAAAAUGACAUGCCCCGAAGAAAAAAAGUUCAAUUCUCAACCUACUUAGCCACCGCCCGCUCUCCCCCCCCCACCAUUGCGCUGCUGCCCCGCAUUAUUCACCUCACGCAAACCCGUCCCUCCUCAUCCCCCCGAGAAGCAGAAGUGGAGCGAUCCGAACAUAAGAUAGGCUCAACCUUCCAUCUUUCCCACCACCGCACCCACCAGCAACUCAGCACCAUGGCACCUACAACCGCCACCGACCCCGCCGCCUCGAACCCGCAGUUCGUCAAUGGCAACAGCAACGGCGCCGGCGCUGCCGCGCACGAGGUCCUGACCACUGCCGAACUCUUCAGCUCUUUGAAAGUGAAUGGCUCUCGCGACCAGGGCAACGGUCCGCAGCACGACAUCGCACCCAACAGCCACACGCAGGCGGAAAGGGCGCGCACGGCGCUGGCGCUGAGCCAUCGCAAUGGCGCUACUGGUCUUGCGACGCCGCAGAUCUCGAGACCCGCCACCCCGUACACGCUCAACCCGCCGGUCGACUUCGACGGGCUCUCGUGGCCGAGUGUCGGCACAAGAGCUCGUUUGGAGGCCACUCCGGAUGAGUCAAAGGCCCGCGAGGUCAAGUUGUGUGGCGCUAUUCGGACUCUUCUUGAGUGCAUUGGCGAAGACCCUGAUCGCGAGGGUCUCCGCGACACACCGCUGCGGUAUGCGAAAGCUAUGCUCUACUUCACCAAGGGCUACGAGGAGAACCUGAAGAACAUCGUCAACAACGCCGUUUUCGAGGAGGAUCAUGACGAGCUCGUCAUCGUCAAGGACAUUGAGAUCUUCUCCAUGUGCGAGCACCACCUCGUGCCGUUCACGGGCAGAAUGCACAUCGGUUACAUUCCCAACCGCAAGGUCCUGGGCCUGUCGAAGUUUGCGCGCAUCGCCGAGAUGUUUGCGCGCCGUCUGCAGCUGCAGGAGCGCCUCACGAAGCAGGUCGCCAUGGCUAUCGAGGAGAUCCUGCAGCCGCAGGGUGUCGCCGUCGUCAUGGAGAGCGCUCACCUGUGCAUGGUCAUGCGCGGCGUGGGAAAGACCACGGCCACUACCACCACCAGCUCUAUGCUGGGUAUCUUCCGGAAGAGCACGAGGACUAGGGAGGAGUUUAUGCACCUUGCACUGAGGAACAACCGGUAAACAAACGGCCUUCGUUUCGGUCCCAUCCUUCCCAUCUCACUGCCGAAUUCAACGGAUGGACGGCAUCCACUACUCUCACUACUAUUUUUUUCUCAUUCUAUUCCAUUCGUCUCUUGUUCGGUAUUGUUUUUUUGUGUGUACAAUUUUGUCGGGGGGUUAUUUGUGAUUCUGUUUUCAACAUACAUAUCCGGCGUUCUAGGAGCAGGCAGAAAAGAGGGAGGGAGGGAGGGGGGA